AGCACAUACAGAGAUAGAGGAAGGUGAUAAAACAAACCAUGUGUGGUAUACAUUCAUCAAAGCUGCUUCUUCUUCUUGUUCUUUUGUGGAUGGUUUGUGCAGCAGAAGCACAAUUAGGCCCAAACUGCCCAUCAAGUUGCGGCAACGUCAGCAUUCCGUUCCCGUUUGGGACCACCAGGGAGUGCUCCCUCACCCCCGAAUUCCUCAUCAACUGCACCAACCAUGGCCCUUACUUGCCCUCCUACUUAUUGGAAUACAACGACUAUGACUUACAAGUGCUGAACAUAUCUGUGGACGACGCCGAACUCCUUGUUUCGUUGCCGGUAGCCAGUGAUUGCUACUACAACGACACCACAAGCAAGGAACAGGACAAAUUCUUCAAUUAUGAAAUCGAGUGGCAGUUUAAUUUUGGAAAUUAUAGCAUCUCAUGGAGCCGAAACGAGUUCACAACCGUUGGUUGUGACACACUGGGAUUAGUGUUGACACAGGAUUUUUCUGGCGAUCUUAAACCCCAUGUUAAGACAUGCCUUUCUUACUGCGAAGAUCGCCCUGAUGCAAUGACUGAGUCCUGUAAUGGCAGUGGUUGUUGCCGUAGUGACAUACCCAAGGCCGAUGUCAAAGAAGAAGUGUUAACGGGAAUCUCUUAUGGUUUUGAAAACUCGCUACUCAACAACAGUCAUACGAUUGAGUACAGCCCUUGCGGUUAUGCGUUUGUGGCGGAGAAAGGACGCUAUGACUUUAUGUCCGCAGAUCUGAGUAACACGAAGUUGAGCAAUACUCAGUUCCCGGUGGUGCUGGAUUGGAGUGUUGGGAACCAGACCUGUGAAGAAGCCAAGAAGAAUUAUUCCAGCUAUGCAUGUAAAGGGGCAAACACCACGUGUCAGCCUUCAGAGAAGCGUCCUGGUUACCUAUGCAAAUGCCUUCCUGGUUUUCGGGGUAACCCUUAUCACCAGGAUGGUUGCCCACAAGAUAUUAACGAGUGCGAUGGACUCAAUGAUUGCGUCGAACACGCAACAUGCCUCAACUACCCACCAGGAAGCUACACGUGUAAGUGUCCAAAGGGUCUCAAAGGAGAUGGGAGAAACAGUGGAACAAAAUGCCAAAAGCCCAAACCCGACACACAGAUCAUACUCAUAAUUGCAUUGAGUAUUAGUGUGUGUGUGAUAGCCCUACUCGUGGCGUGCUCUUCCAUUUACUGCGCUUUGAAAAAGAGAAAGCUGAUUAAAAUGAAAGAACACUUGUUUCAACAAAAUGGUGGGCUAUUGUUACAACAACAAAUUGCAACACAUCAUCGAGGAUCAACUCAAACAGCUAAAGUCUUCAGUGUGGAAGAGUUAAAGAAAGCCACCAACAACUUCGAUGAAUGCAAUGUCCUCGGCCAAGGUGGUCAAGGAACCGUUUACAAAGGACUCUUAUUGGACAACAGAGUUGUAGCAAUCAAAAUUUCAAAAAUCAGUGACAUUAGUCAAGUUGAGCAUUUCAUUAAUGAAGUGGUUGUACUCUCCCAAAUCAACCAUAGAAAUGUGGUUAAGCUCUUGGGUUGUUGCUUAGAGACCAAGGUUCCGCUGCUUGUUUACGAGUUCGUGCCCAAUGGUACUAUCCAUGAUCAUCUUCAUGGUUAUACACAAAUAUCAUCAAAGCUUACAUGGAAAGUAAGAUUGAGAAUAGCGGCAGAAACUGCUGGAGCCUUGGCUUACUUGCAUUUUGCAACUUCCAUUCCCAUCAUACACAGAGAUGUCAAAACCAGUAACAUACUCCUUGAUCGUGAUCUAACCGCAAAGGUUUCCGAUUUCGGAGCUUCAAGGAUUGUUCCUCUUGAUAAAACACAGAUAACCACAUUGGUGCAAGGAACAUUAGGGUAUCUUGACCCUGAAUAUUUUCACACAAGCAAGUUGACUGAGAAAAGCGAUGUGUAUAGUUUCGGAGUCGUGCUGGCAGAGCUACUUACAGCGAGGAAAGCACUCGCUUUUGAUGUGCCUGAAGAUGAGAAGAACCUUGCAAAACACUUCGUGUUUUCAAUGGAAGAGGGACGUUUACUUGAAAUUGUGGAGAAGCACAUUGUAGAAGAGGCAAAAGAGGAGGCACUUGUUGAAUUUGGCAAUAUUGCAUUGAGAUGCUUGAAGUUGAAGGGAGAGGAAAGACCUUCAAUGAAACAAGUGGCAAUGGAACUUGAGAGACUUAGAGUUGAGGAAUGCGGCAACAACAAAGUGAUUAUUGCAUCCUCAUCUGCCUUUCAUGUUGAAGAUGGGAGUGGUGUAAUAAGUGAUAUUAGUACUGGGGUUGAUGCCUUAAACCUAGAUUCCAUGUCCUUAUUGGGUGGUGGAAGAAGAGAGUACUAUAGUAGAAAACACAUACAGGCUAUGGAGCACUCAUCAAAUCUAAAGCUUCCGCUGAUGCUUCUUGUUGCUGUUGCAGCUCUCUAUUAUUGUGCAGCAGCUAACUGCACACGUAGCUGCGGCUCCGUGAGCAUUCCGUUACCGUUUGGGACCACCAAGGACUGCGCCCUCGCCCCCGAAUUCCUCAUCAACUGCACCAACAAUGUCCCACACUUAGAAGACAAUGACCUGCCUCUGCGAAGCAUCGACGUCGAUCACGCCGAACUCCGCGUUUCAUUGCCGGUAGCCAGUGAUUGCUACUACACCAACAGCAGCAGCAAGGGGGGAAAGUUCUUCAACAAUGAAAUCGAUCAGAGCGUGUUUCUGGGAAAUUAUAGCAUCUCAACGAGCCAAAACUUGUUCACAACGGUUGGCUGUGAAACACUUGGAUUAGUGGUGGGAAGUGAUUCAGAAGCAGAGAGAAUAAAACCGUUUCCUAAGACAUGCUUAUCAUACUGCGACGAACCUCAUGACCCAAAAGAUGGGGAGUGCAGCGGAUCCGGUUGUUGCAAUACUACUAUACCCGGUGCCCCGCCACAAGGCUUAUCGUACAUCUCUUAUUCUUUUGAGAAUUCCAUUUUGAACAACAGUGAAGUAGUCGGCGAUCACUUCAACAACCCUUGCGGUUAUGCAUUUGUGGUGGAAAAAGGAGCCUACAACUUUAACACCACUCAUCUGAACAAGUUGGAGACUACCACGUUCCCAGUGGUGCUGGAUUGGAGCAUAGGGAGCACAAACGACCUCACAUGUGAACAAGCUCGGAACAACCUUUCCACGUAUGCGUGUAAGGCACAUCACGCCACGUGUCACAGUUCCGGCAAACGUCCUGGUUACCUGUGCAAAUGCUCUUCUGGUUUUCAGGGUACCCCUUAUCUCCCUCAUGGUUGCAAAGAUGUUGAUGAGUGCAAGGAAGCCAAUAAAUUUUGCCAUGCCAAAGCAACAUGCAACAACUCUAAUGGGAACUACACUUGUGCGUGUCAGAAAGGGUACAGUGGAGAUGGCAAAAUUCACGGAACUGGAUGCACUCCCAACAGAUCCUUCUCCAAACUCAUCACACACACAAUUCCAUUGAUUGUCAGUUUAAGUAUCUUAGUGCUAUUUGUGGCGAGUUUUAAUGUCUAUUGUGGAUUGAGAAAAAGAAAGCUCAACAAACUUAAAGAACAGUUUUUUGAACAAAAUGGUGGUCUAUUGUUGCAACAAAAAAUUGCUACACAUGGAGGUUCAAUUGAAACUGCUAAAAUCUUUAGCAUAGAAGAGCUAAAGAAGGCCACCAACAACUUUGAUGAGGUCAAGAUCCUAGGCCGAGGAGGCUAUGGAAUAGUUUACAAAGGAUUAUUACAAGACAACACAACUGUUGCAAUCAAAAAGUCCAAAAUCAGUGACCAAAGCCAGAUUGAACAAUUCAUCAAUGAGGUGGUUAUACUUUCCCAAAUCAACCAUACAAAUGUGGUCAAACUUUUGGGGUGUUGCUUAGAGACACAAGUUCCAUUGCUUGUUUAUGAAUUCAUUCAAGGUGGUACUCUUGAUGAUCAUCUUCAUGGUCAGAACCAAUCUUUAAAGCUUAACUGGAAAACAAGAUUGAGAAUAGCAGCAGAAACUGCUGGGGCUUUGGCAUACUUGCAUUCUGCUACUUGUCCACCAAUCAUACAUAGAGAUGUUAAAACUACCAACAUACUUCUUGAUCAUAAUCUCAAAGCAAAGGUUUCUGAUUUCGGAGCUUCAAAGAUUGUUCCUCUUGAUAAAACCGAACUAUCCACCUUGGUGCAAGGGACUGUGGGGUAUCUAGACCCUGAAUACUUCCACACAAGCCACUUAACAGAAAAGAGUGAUGUGUAUAGUUUCGGAGUCGUUCUAGCAGAGUUACUUACAGGACGAAAAGCACUUUGUUUUGAUUUGCCUGAGGAUGAUAGAAACCUUGCAAUGUACUUCAUUUCUUCAAUGAAUAAGGGUCGCUUACUUCAGAUUCUGGACAAUCAGAUAACAAAUGAGGCAAAGCCCGAGCAGCUCAUGGAAUUUGCCAAUAUUGCAAAACGAUGUUUGAGGUUGAAGGGAGAAGAAAGACCUACCAUGAAAGAAGUGGCAACUGAACUUGAGGGACUUAGAAUAAUGGAAAAUCAUAGGUGGGAAAGUGAUAGAUCGUCUUUGGAAGAGACUGAAGAUUUGCUCAAUGCAUCACCAUCAUCAUCAUCAUUGGCUUUUUACAGUGAAGAUAAUGGAUCUUAUGGAAGGGACAUUAUUUCUAGAUUGGAAAGCAUAGUUUACAAGGUUAAGAAUCUUCUAACUCCACCAAAAUGCCAAAAGCUAGAUUCCAUGUCAUUAGGUAGUGAAAGACUAGAAGAUGACAAUGCAAGUUGA